AUGGAUUUCCAGGACGACGACUUCGCCCUCUCGGCCGCGAGCGAACGAGACAACCUCGCUUAUGGCCCCAGUGGAAUCCGAGACACUCACUCGACCGAAGACACCAGCCGGCAAGGCUGGUUGACAGACACCAGCGACUUCUCGCAGAGGGCAAAUAGCGAGUCGCCAUCAUUUCCUUCCACUCCAUCGGCCCAGCAAACACCGACGUCUACACCACCGCAGGCUACGCUUGAGCUGCACAUCGUGAAGCCGACAAUCCCUUCCGUCCGCCAGCGAACGGCUCAGGCAUGCGAUAAAUGUAGGGAGCGGAAGACCAAGUGCUCAGGGCACCGCCCCGUUUGCGUCCGCUGCACAAAUCGGGGUCUCAUUUGCCAAUACUCUACUCGAGAGAUGUCUCGAAUACGUGGACCCAUUAAGCCCAGGACGCCCAUUCCGCUGAAUCGAAUAUCACCCCACGACCCUCUAGAUGCGUAUUUUCCUGGACAGGGUAGACCGACACCGGCGCUGCACUCGAGGAUGGGCGGGUGUCGUACAGACGCCUUUGUCCGCCCGUCGGGCCCUUCCCCACUGACCCUGGGUGCUCUGGGGCAGCGUCACGUCAGCCGCUCUCUGCAGCAGGUCCCUACCAGCUGGAAUGAACCGGCUCAACCUGGCCUAUCUGAGCUGUACUCUUCGACGCCUGGGCAGCAGCUUCCUGACAAGGGCGACCUGGAUCUCUCCUUGAACUAUGGCUAUACUCUGCCUAGUCAGUCGAUUUAUCGACCAACGGCCGACCCGCAACACCUAGCAUCAGCAGCAGACCUGCACCGUCCAUACUUGCCAGUGCCCGAAUUCAGUCUCCAGAUGUCGUCGUUCGUCCCUUCUGGUCCCAGCCUGAGGGUGCAGACAUUCGACGGUGAUAGGGAUUUCUCGUCGAUCGCUUCGUCGUCAGGAAUGAGUACGCUUCCAGAGCAACUCGUGCCGCAUGGUCUUCCCUCGUACUCUCAGGACACCCUCCCAUUUAACGCCCCUUAUACACGAGCGCUACCAGCUACCAUGGGUGCUUAUUGGGAUAUCAACGCCGAGUUUGAGAACAUUGCAGACCAGCUAGACGUCGGCGAAACGACGACGAAUUAUCUGGUGUUUGAUUCGCCCGACUCUGGUUUCGAACUCGAGCUGGACGUCGCGUGCCCGGCACCUAUCGUUCCCUUCUUUGCGGACUUUCUCGAGGAUGUAAAAAUGGGACAUCGCACCUCGGGACAGCACGCACGAUUUUCUGUCCUUUCUCGGGCAUUCGGCUUUCCUUGA